AAUCCUCUGUGGACUGGGGAUGUGGUGUGCAGCGCUAUGCUGUAUUCGGAUCUGGUGUUUGUUCUGGAAUAUGGUGCGUCAGUGACUAUGGGCUUUGUGCAGCAUUGCUCCAGCUCUCCAUGAGAGUAACGUGUGUGGAAUCUAUGCUGUUGUGUGGAGUAUGAUUCACGCGCAGGCGACCAUUUUUCAGGAAUUGAUGUGCUUUCAAUUGACGGGUCAUAAUGCUGCUGCACCUGUGUAGUGUUAAGAACUUGUACCAGAACAGGUUUCUAGGCCUGGCAGCCAUGGCAUCUCCAUCAAGGAGUUCUCAGAGCAGACGACGAUGUAAGGAGCCAAUGCGUUACAGUUACAACCCUGAUCAAUUUAAUAAUGUGGAUGUUCGAAAUGGCACUCAUGAAGCUAUUCCUAUACCUCGGUCUAACAGUGAUACAGACUUGGUAACAUCAGACAGUCGAUCUACUCUGAUGGUCAGCAAUUCAUACUAUUCUAUUGGACAGUCACAGGAUAUCGUUAUUUUUUGGGACAUUAAGGAAGAAGUUGAUGCUGGAGAUUGGAUUGGCAUGUACCUUGUUGAUGAAGUACUUUCUGAAAAUUUUUUGGACUACAAAAAUCGUGGUGUUAAUGGAUCCCACAAAGGUCAAAUUGUAUGGAAAAUCGAUGCCAGCUCUUACUUCAUGGAACCUGAAACAAAAAUCUGCUUUAAGUAUUAUCAUGGAGUAAGUGGAGCCUUGCGAGCUACGACCCCCAGUGUCACAGUGAAAAAUCCUUCAGCUCCUGUCUUUAAACCAGUGACAAAUGAUGAUGUUGGCCAAGGUCAGGGGAGUCGAAGGUUAAUCAGUUUUACACUCUCAGAUUUCCAGGCAGUUGGCUUGAAGAAAGGAAUGUUUUUCAACCCUGACCCAUAUCUAAAGAUUUCUAUCCAGCCAGGAAAGCAUAGCAUCUUCCCUGCUCUACCUCACCAUGGGCAAGAAAAGAGGUCUGGAAUCGUAUGCAAUACUAUUAAUCCUGUGUGGCAAAGACAGCAGUUCAGCUUUGUUUCUUUGCCAACUGAUGUGUUAGAGAUUGAAGUAAAAGACAAAUUUGCCAAGAGUCGCCCAAUAAUCAAACGAUUCCUUGGGAAACUGUCUAUGCCGGUGCAGCGCCUGCUUGAGAGACAUGCAAUCGGAGACAGAGUCGUAAGCUACACUCUCAGCAGAAGACUUCCAACAGAUCACGUCAGUGGGCAACUGCAGUUCAGAUUUGAGAUAACAUCUUCUAUACACCAAGACGAUGAAGAGGUCUCAAUUAGCACUGAAGCUGGAUCUGGUCCUACUCAAGAAAAUAAUUCGGAAGACAUGACUACUGACUCAUGUUGUGCAUCCCUUCCUAAUGACAGCACUGUUACAGAGAAUGCAAGCCCUGAGCAAGCUAAUGGUUAUGACGAGAUUUCGUUAAAUUCAAAUUCCAGCUGUCCAGAACCUGCAGCACCAAUUACAGAAAUUAGUUAUGUGGCUAGUAGUGAACAUCUUGCUGAAGAAUCAAAUGUUAUACAUGAUAUAGAAAACAAUGAGCUUGGAGAUCCUACACCGAAUGAGGAACCCUCAGUACUAGACUGUCAGGCAGAAAUGGAAGCUGAAGAAUUAGGCACCACUUUGCAAUUGGAAAAUGAGAAAAAUACCAGUAGUGAAGGAGAUGUGACCGUGACUCUGCCUACAGAACUGACUGAGGAAGUAGCGUCUUCAGUUGGUGGAAUAAACGAAGAAGCAGAAGAUAAACAAACAACUGCUGAAGCAACAGGAGAUGCAUCAGAAGUAGAGGAAGAAGAUGAAGAAAGCUGUUCUUUGAGGAUGAGGACUACUGUUAAAAGGAAAAACAGGCCUUGUUCACUUCCUGUUUCAGAACUGGAAACUGUUAUAGCGUCUGCUUGUGGUGAACCAGAAACCCCACGGACUCACUACAUCCGAAUUCACCAUUUGCUCCACAGUUUGCCCUCUGCACAGAUGGCUGAUGACACUGAGGAGGAUAGCUGUAACCCAGACUCAGAGCUUACUCUAAAACCAGAGGAGGAGGAUAAGGACCUAACAGAGGACAGCUCUUCUGAAACUCAGUCACAUAGUGUAACUUUGGAACUUGACAACUGUGGUCGAAGGACUAUACCCCGCAGCCUAUCUAUUGAACAUCUUUCAGAUCUGAACCAGCUGCUGGAGAGUGAGCAACCACGAACAGAAAGUGAAAGUGAGUCAAGCAUGAGACCACUUGGGGACAAUGAAUGUGAUCUGUGUGACACUUCCUGCUACAGCACAUCUUGCUACAGCACUUCUUGCUAUAGCACCUCUUGCUACAGUAACUCAGGCUAUGAAGGAGGAAAUCGAUUUUCUAGCCAUACUCGAUUUUCUUCUGUUGACAGUGCUCGCAUUUCUGAAAGCACUGUCUUUUCCUCUCAAGAUGAAGAAGAAGAAGAAAACAGUGCCUUUGAGUCUGUACCAGAUUCUGUGCAGAGUCCUGACCCUGCUGAUCGAGAAACUGAGACUGGUACAGCACUGUGGGCAGAAGAAGACACUGUGCAACCCAGAAGUUCUCAGAGUACCACAGAAAGUGGAGAGUCCCCAGUUGAAGAGUCUGGAAAUAGAGCAGAAGGUGAUUGCCCUUUGCCAAGCAACCAUCAACCUGUUAACCAGCUGCCUGCUUUGAGACCAGAUCCCCACCAUUAUCCAACUAUUGAUGAGCCUCUUCCACCAAAUUGGGAAGCCAGGAUUGACAGCCAUGGCAGGGUGUUUUAUGUGGAUCAUAUCAACAGGACAACCACAUGGCAACGACCUACAACAGCAGCUACUCCAGAUGGUAUGCGCCGGUCAGGGUCAGUCCAGCAGAUGGAGCAAUUAAAUCGACGAUAUCAGAACAUUCAGAGGACUAUAGCAACAGAUAGAACAGAGGAUGAUGGCGGCAAUCGCCGAAGUGAAAGAUCAGGAGCAAGUGAAACUGAUUCAGAUAUUCCUCCUCAGACUGCAGGUAAAAUUAUUUUCUUUUCUUUUCAGCAUAUACUAUGCAACAAAAAAUCUAUUUCUUUAUCUAGAAUUACUUUUUUUCCUACUGUGUUUUCAGACGUAAGAAGAGAGGGGCCAUCAUCUCCUAUUAACAAUCAAAAGAUCACACUGUUGCUGCAGUGCCCAGCCGUCAAGUUCAUAACGCAUCCUGAGUUUUUCACUGUGCUCCAUGCAAACUAUAGUGCCUAUCGAAUGUUUACUAACAGCACUUGUCUAAAGCACAUGACUCUGAAGAUUCGCAGGGAUGCUCGUAACUUUGAACGUUAUCAGCACAACAGGGAUCUAGUGACGUUCCUCAACAAGUUUGCAGAUACUCAGCUGGAACUACCACGGGGCUGGGAAAUCAAAACAGACCAGCAAGGCAAGUCUUUCUUCGUUGAUCAUAAUAGUCGGGCAACAACAUUCAUCGAUCCCAGGAUUCCUCUACAGAAUGGACGACUACCAAACCAUUUGACACACAGGCAGCAUCUGCAGAGACUGCGGAGUUACAGUGCAGGAGAGGCAUCUGAGGUAUCAAGGAGUCGAGGAGCAUCAUUAAUGGCCAGACCUGGCAACAGCCUUGUGGCAGCUAUCAGGAAUCAAUAUCAUCAUGAUUCCGUACCAUUAGCCUACAAUGACAAGAUAGUUGCUUUCCUUCGCCAGCCCAACAUUUUUGAGAUGCUUCAGGAGCGACAGCCUAGCCUUUCAAGAAACCACGCUCUAAGGGAGAAAAUUCAUUACAUACGAACAGAGGGCACCCAUGGAGUUGAAAAGCUCUCUUGUGAUGCUGACGUUGUGAUAUUGUUAAGCCUUUUUGAAGAGGAGAUAAUGUCAUAUAUCCCUCCACAUUCAUCAUUUCAUCCAGGAUUCAGCUUCUCUCCGCGCUGCUCUCCCGGCUCUUCUCCACAGAGCUCCCCAGGUUUGCAAAGAGCAAGUGCCAGGGCUCCCGCACCGUAUCGCAGGGACUUUGAAGCCAAGCUGCGUAACUUUUAUAGAAAGCUGGAAGCAAAAGGCUAUGGACAAGGACCAGGAAAAAUCAAAUUAAUUAUCCGUCGAGACCAUCUACUGGAGGGCACCUUUAAUCAAGUGAUGGCCUACUCUCGAAAGGAACUUCAGCGAAACAAACUCUAUGUCACAUUCGUUGGAGAAGAAGGCUUGGAUUAUAGUGGACCCUCUCGAGAGUUCUUUUUCCUGCUUUCUCAGGAGCUCUUCAACCCUUACUAUGGCUUGUUUGAGUAUUCUGCAAAUGACACGUACACAGUGCAGAUCAGCCCUAUGUCAGCAUUUGUUGAAAAUCAUCUGGAAUGGUUCAGGUUCAGUGGUCGGAUCCUCGGUUUGGCUUUGAUUCAUCAGUUCCUUCUUGAUGCAUUUUUCACUAGACCAUUCUACAAAGCACUGCUAAGACUACCAUGUGACCUGAGUGAUUUAGAAUACCUCGAUGAGGAGUUCCAUCAGAGCCUGCAGUGGAUGAAAGAUAACGACAUUACUGAUAUCUUGGAUUUAACCUUUACAGUGAAUGAAGAAGUAUUUGGUCAGGUAACUGAACGGGAGUUGAAGUCAGGGGGAGCCAAUCUUCAGGUAACAGAGAAAAAUAAAAAGGAGUACAUCGAGCGAAUGGUGAAGUGGCGUGUGGAGCGUGGAGUAGUCCAGCAGACAGAAGCCUUGGUUCGUGGGUUUUAUGAGGUGGUGGAUUCAAGGUUAGUGUCUGUAUUUGAUGCCAGAGAACUGGAGCUGGUUAUUGCUGGAACUGCUGAAAUUGAUUUGACUGAUUGGAGAAAUAACACAGAAUACAGGGGAGGUUAUCAUGAUGGCCACAUUGUGAUCAGAUGGUUUUGGGCAGCGGUGGAGCGAUUCAACAAUGAACAGAGGUUGCGACUCCUACAGUUUGUGACUGGCACCUCAAGUGUGCCUUAUGAAGGUUUUGCUGCACUCAGAGGAAGCAAUGGGCUAAGAAGAUUCUGCAUUGAAAAAUGGGGCAAAAUUACCUCUCUCCCCAGGGCCCACACAUGCUUUAAUCGCCUUGAUCUUCCUCCAUAUCCUUCUUACACCAUGCUAUAUGAGAAACUGCUGACAGCUGUGGAGGAAACCAGCACAUUUGGACUGGAGUGAACGUCAGGCUGCUAAAUGAUCACUGAGAGGUUGAUUUCCUAAUUCCUGUAUUAUAUGUGAAGAUAACAAUGGGACAAUAUCAUUCCGAAAGACACUAUUGCAUGUACAACUCUCCUCAUAUGAUGUAUUUUUUCUCUUAAAGUGUUCAAAACCAUACAAGAGCUGUAUGCAAUAGGAACCUUCAGGCUUCUCAAAUGUCCUCAGUCCAUACAUACACUGUUACUGUACUCUGCACUGCUAGCUUGAUAUCAACAGCAGGAUAGCGUGAAAAAUGAUGCAACACUGAUUUCAAGCUCCAGGUCCACAUAAUUCUUCCUGCACCAUGUGGACAUGUGGAAACUUUAGAAGAACCUUUUGCAAAUACAGAAAUGUAUCCUUUUGUUCGUUUGUGAAAUUAUUUGUAUAUAGACUGUUGUUUUUGCUAAAAAAAAGGGAGAAAAAUUAGUAAAAAUUUUGUAUUCUUUAUUUACAGGUAUGUGCUUGGCAGUCAGUUGAUUAGGUAAAAUGAGGCAGCAAGGAGAGUCAUGUUACUUUUGAGGAAUCUGGAGAAUGUCCUUUUUGCAGCGCACUGAAGGAGCCUAUUGCUCCCACAAAAAAAUAAAAAUGUUGAGUGGGCACACAGACUUUCCAGGCUAAUAAACAAGUGUCUCAUCCAAAAACAUUCUAUACACUUUAAUACAUAUUAAUAGUGUAAUAUUUAAAUAUAACUUUUGCAUUUGCUUUAUAAUAUUAUUUAUUGAUUUGUAAUUUGGUUUUACUACUUGUAAUUUAUUUGAAAUAAACAUCCUUUCCUCUAAAUGACUGAUUUAGACAAUCCCAACUGAAAUUUUGGAAGCCAUCAAAUAUGAUUUCUCUGAGCACUGCAUUUUUGGCAGAGGCGCUGCUCUGAUUUCAUUGCUUUUAUAGUCACUGUCAUACAAUCAGCCUUAAGGCUUAUUAGAAGAAAGUUUAAGAGAGGGCAUUUUUGUAGUAAAAUGGCACACAAAAGAUUUUGUAUAAAUACAAUGAUGGAAAAACAGUCCAAACAGAAUGCAUUUCAACAUAUUUUUAUCAUCAUUGAAAGCUUAAAGUUAUUAAAUGUAAUUCUUUUUAUUGCAUGUUUGUAAACUUUUUCAAACUCUGAGCUUUUUGGUUUUAACAUUUGCCACACUAAUAAAAAAAGAAAAGAGUAUCACUAGGUUGUCUUUCAGUGAAAAUGCACUAUAGUCUCUUGGACCACAUUUGAGAAAUGCAAAAUAUAGCAAGUCUGUCUCUGCCGUUAGAUGUGUAUUUGGAGCCUUCUAACCACAGUCAAAGAAAAUUUUUUUAACUGCUUUUUUGUUUUUCUGUGACUUUGUUCUUUCUCAUUUGUACUGUUUUUAGUUCUUAUUUGUUUAUGACCAGGUGAAAGACAAACCAGUGUGUGGUUCUAUUGUCACCCCUUUUCAACAAUCAGUGGCCAAUUACUUCCUUUUAUUGAAAUCCUUGCUUAAUUAAAUGUUUUCUAUUUUUAUGUUUCUGACCAUUAAGCAGGUGCUGCAUGGGUUUUUAUCAUAUAAGAAAGUAAGCAAAGGUAUAUGUGGCCUGUAUAAAAUUGAGUUCUCUUCCCUUAUAAUUUGCUAAAAUGUUGUCUCUUUUUUAAUUGAUUAAAUUAGCAAGUUUAUAAUGAAUAUACAAGUACAAGGAUAGUGCACUUGUUAGUGCUGUGAUUUCACAGCUCCAGGGAUGUGGGCUUGAAUCCUACCUUGGAC